CAUCAGCAGGCCUAAACGCGCGUGUGGGACUGUUGACAACUUGUUUUCGGACACAUUUCGUCCAGGUUUCGGAUGAAAUGUCGGUGUUUCACGACGAAGUGGAGAUCGAGGACUUUGAGUUUGACGAAGACACGGAGACGUUUUACUUCCCGUGUCCCUGCGGAGACAGGUUCGCCAUCACUAAGGAGGAGCUGGAGAAUGGAGAGGACGUGGCGACGUGUCCGAGCUGCUCGCUCAUCGUUAAAGUCAUCUACGAUCAGGACUUGUUCAUGUCUGGAGAAAUCAUCGAGGCUCCGUCGUCAUCGGAGAACAAACUGGAGCUGGCUCAGUCCUGACCCGCCUUCUCUGCAAAACCACAAACUGCUGCUUUAAAACUGAUUAUUUAGCACAGAGACGCUUGUUUAAAGCUACAGAGGAGAAACAAGACAAACAUCACUGUUUUAUUUAGUAGAUUUCUCACUUUUAUUGUGAUGACGUCAGAGAGAGGAAACUCUGACAGCUGAUUAAAAUUCUCUUCUUGUCAAACUUCAAUUUAAAACACAUCUGAAAAGGCUGCGUUCAGGAGCAGCUGGGAAACAUCAGAGUCGUCAGUAUCUGAAUAUUUAUUUUCCUCCAUUGAUGAAAAGUUUUCACAUUUUCAGGAAACAAACAAACGUCUGUCUGAGUAACAAAUGAAAGCUGCUUUCUGUCUGUUAAAAUGUUGCUUUUGUGUUUUCUGAGAAAACAAAAUGUGUAAAAAUGUCUGAUAUUAAAAUUAUA